CGGCAUCGAGGGAUCCUUAACCCAGUGAGCGAGGUCAGGGAUCCAACCUGCAUCCUCGUGGACAUUAUGUUGGCUUCUUAACCUGUUGAGCCACAGCAGGAACUUCUGGGUUCCUAUGCCCUGUUCACCAAGGGUGAAAACACCUCCGAAUUUUUAGUAACAACCCAUGCGACUUGGAGACCACCAGCUUCACCGGUGCAAUUUUGCCAGUAUCCCUUUGGCUCCUUAAUGAAUCCACUUCUGCUGAUUUUCAGAUUAUUAACAUGCUUGUAUUCCCUGCCUCUGGAGGGUGGCUUUGGGAUGUUAGCUAACCCGCUGUGGUCUGUGUGUACCCAAAAUGGACAACUAAGCACUCUUCGGUGUCCCCUAAACAAUCUAGUACAUGCAUAAUGUUAGGGGGAGGCUGGGAGGACUGCUUGGCGGAGCUGCCACCUCAAGACUGACCUCAGUCCCUCUCUAGGGAUCAUCUGCCUUAAAGAAAACUGUGUCACCUAAGGUCAUGCCUCUUCCAGAGGCAGCUCAGUUCCCAUCAAACAGUUCUAGAGCCUGGGGACAAAAAUAGCACUUUGAUCCUGAUGGCGGCAGGCAGUUAACAAGAGAGACCGUGAAACAGAAACCGGUAGUGUGUUUGACAGCAACGCGGUCCUAGGGAGAAAAAUUAGCCGGGCAGGGGGCCCGGUGGGCUGGGGGUGCGAAUCUGGGGAAGGGGCGGGAUUUGUCAGUGAGGGUGGACACUGAGGGAAAUGGGGUUUGGUUCUUGACCAGCGGGGCAUGUGAGUGAAGAUGUGAGGAAUGUGAAAACGGGGCUAACGCCAUGAACGCUAUUCCCUCUCCCUCCCACCCAAGUUGAGGUCAGGGAUCUAACCCAGCUUGGUGGGCAACGCCCGGCCCAGGGAGGGGGCGGCCUGGAGCGCCCCCUGCAGGCCACAGUCCGCGACCCUCGCGCACAUCCGGCAGGUGCGGCCAGGAGGCCCGGGGACGUGGCAGGUGCGGCCCGCAGGUGCGCGGGCCCCGCCCCUAGGUGCGGAGUCCUCCGGGCGGGGCCACUUCCGGGCCGGUGGCCGGACGUGGGGGCGGGGGCGGCCGUUGACCCGGUGACCGCGGCGCCGCCGGAGGCUGGAGGCGCCCUGCGGCUCGGUCCCCGCUCGGAGCCCCCCUCCCGGGGACAUGACGCCGCGCCCGCCCCGCGCCCCGCCGCGCCCUCCGCCCGCCCGGGUCUGACGGAGCCGGGCAGCCAUGAGCGCCAACCCCCAAUGGGACAUCAGCAGGGCGCUGUGGGUGGCCAGGCUCUUCCACCUGGUGUGUGGGGUCCGGGAUGCCUGCGUGACCCCGUUCCUGACCCUCUACCUGCGGCAGCUGGGCUUGGCCGCGCCCUGGGUGGGCAUCCUAAUGGGAACCAAGCAUCUGAUCGCCACCUUCUGGGCUCCAUUCUGUGCCUUCCUGGCCAAAAGCUACCAGAAACGGAGGGUGCUUCUGAUAGGCUCGCUGCUCGGCUCGGUGGGAGCCAGCCUGUUGAUGGUCCUGGUGCCGCCCUUGGACAGAGACCGCCCCUGUAAUGGAAGCCACAGCGUGACCGUGACGGUCCUGCCACCGGGGGUCGCACUAACCGUGAACGUCACCUCGACCCCGGAGCCAGCCUCCAACCGCCCCGCCGGGGGGCCCAGGCGCCCAGCCGAGGGUACUGGGGUCGCAGGAGCCGAUGGUUUCAGAGGAAGACCUGGGGAGAGUGGCCGAGAAUCUGUCAGUCACCUGCCUGGCUACUCUCUGGGCUCCGUCCACGGGGCCAGGACCACAUCGGGCGUUCUCCAUCCUACCUCUUCAGGGGUGACAGGUACUCCUGGGGCAGCUGCUUUCAGCGUGGUCAGUACUGCUGUCCCUUUGCACGCUGGGGGUACAGCGCUGGCAAGUCCAGCCAACCAGUCUGCAGCCAAGGGGAAUGCCCAGGCCCUUGACCUCUCCUUGGAAGGGUUGCGGUGGACUUUCCUCCUCUCCCUGGGCUCCCUGGUGUUCUGGGAGCUGCUGAGCGCCCCUCUGGAGCAGGUGGCAGAUGACAGCCUUUAUGAAUACCUGGACUUCGUGGAUGCCACUGACCGCUACAGAAGCCUGUGGUUAUGGAGGCUGCUGGGCACGUCAGUGGGAGUGUGUGGCAUUGCAGCCUUGGUGGGAAAGCUGGACUGCCUCUUGGUGACAAAGGGCCCCCGGGGUGUGGUGCAUUUCUACGGCUACGCACUGGUCAGCACCGUGGCUUUACUGGUGAGCACUGCCUUUCCCGUCCCCCUCUGCAGGCGGCGCGAGCCCAGCUACAGAACGGGCAAAGCCCUGUCUCUCGUCGGUAGCGACGCCCGCCUCAUCCUCCUCGCCCUCACUGUCCUCCUGAUAGGAGCCGCCACCAGUGCCGUGCAGAACUUCCUGUUCUGGCACAUGAAAGACCACGGGAGCAGCGAGCUGGUCAUGGGCUUCUCGGUGGCCCUGGGCUUGCUGGGGGAAAUUCUGCUUCAUCCGUUCAAAACUCCGCUGCUCAGGAAGCUGUCCAAGGUGGGCACAGUGGGGUUGGGGCUGGGCUGCCUGGCGGGGCAGCUGCUGUAUUACUCGUUCCUCUGGAGCUGGUGGUCUGUUCUCCCCGUUCAGAUCUUCAGCGCCAUCAGCCACGGGGCUCUGUGGUGGGCAGUCGGGGCCUCCAUAGAGGACCUGGCCACUCCGGGCACGGAGAGACCGCUCCAUGCCAUGUUCCGAGGCCACUUUUACGGGGGCGGGGCCAGCCUGGGCAGCUUUGUCGGCGGCUUCGUGGGGAUGCGCUUCGGCCUGGCUGUUCUCUACCAGGCCUGCUGCGUGGUCCUGUGGCUCUGGCUGGCCUUGUUCCUGUCCAUCCGGCCCAGACUGCCCCGAGAACGGAAGAUCAACUACUCCAAGCUGCUGGCCGUGGAGGCCAGUGACACGAGCGACUCUGAGCAGGGGACUGAACGGGACUGGCUUGUGAAGGCCAUGAGGGACGAACCCUCAGACUGAAGGGGCUGAGGGACCGUCAGGGUGCGCUGAUCUGGGAAGGAGCCAAGCGGAUGGACAGACCAGCCUGCCCGGGGGCAAAACCCAUGAGUCCUGCCGGGGCUGCCGGUAGCCCUGGUGGGGAGAAAUGUGUCUGUGCCGAGGCCCCAAGGGAUCAUCUCAUUGCAUGAUUUUCCUUACUUUUGUGGUAAAAGGAGAUUAACUUUUUGCUGUUCGACUUUUAAAAAUAAUGGAGCAAGAAUACAUUUGCUAAAAAAACCAA